CCUCAUCUGCGCUCAGUUUUCUCACAAACACCAUCUCUGUUUGUCUCUCAGGAUUCUCUUGCGUUUGCUAUCUUUCUGUGUGGCUAAGCAUUUUGGGAUCAGAUCUGGUAAUUAAGUGAUUACGUUUUAUUUGCAGAUUCUUCGUCAACAUUUCAUCCUAUUUUUAGUCCAGUUGCUGCUACUAUCUUUGCUCUCUCAACACCAUUCCCCCUUUUUUUUGCAGAGUUUAAUUGUGCUGGCCAGCUCAAAAAGGGGAAUUUUGAAGAGAAAUGACAGUCGGCAUUAACCCUUGAUUUCACUAGUAUCUGCUAUGCAUCUUCCAAGAAAUAUCCUCUUGACUCUCUCAUUGGCUUGCCCACUUUAUAUUCUCUCUGAUCGAUGGCUGGCUCAACUCUUCUAAUCAGAAAGAAAGUUCAGCCUCUGCAAUCGCGCAAUUAAGCUACUUCUAACUUUUGCUUGGCCCUUGUGUCUCAACUUCCUUUAAUUUCUUGUGCUAAUCCUGCAGGUAUACUAUCUAUUUAGUUCUUCAAUCUUGAUUUUGUUUUGUCCUCUUUAGAGAAAUAUCCAUCAACCCCUCUGAACAACAGAAUUAAGCUUGCAAUUGCAGAUUUGCAAAUCUAUUGCGUAUUCUAAUUUGCUUGGCCUAAUUUUGGUUCCAGUGGCCAACGUUCUUCGAUUCCUUUUGCUAAACUUGUGGCAGGGUUUGAAAUGAGACCACAUUCAAAGCAUUCAAAACAAGCAAGAGGCAAUGCCACCAGUCCAAAGCCUCCUGCAGAGCUAAGAAGUCCACUGCUUCUGAGAAGCAAAGCAAGAAACAAGACAAGCGGGUGUAGCACCCUUAAGCAUAGAAGAAUCUUUCCUUUGGUUGCCAGCACCAUGCAAGCAGCAGAAUCAGGGAACCCUUUCAUGGGGAGACAUCAAACUCAUGGCACCUUUGAACACUGAACACUCAGAAAUACAAGCAGGAAAAGCAAGGCAAUAUCUUAUCGUUCUUGGAAAGAGUUGACUUGGACAGAAUGAAGUUCCUGCUUCUUCCUAGCCAUCAUUCUUAACUGGAUUACAUUCUUUCUUUUGGUUGGACAAUAUUUCUAAUUCAUU